CGUUCAUGUCUGAUGUCUCAUCAAAUUUGAUUCAGGAUCUAUCAAAUUAAUUUUUCACGUAAUGCGGAUAGUAUGUUAAUGAAAAUAAGAAAAACCCUAUAAUUCUUAUGAUUACGACUUCGAGUCACAAUAAAUAGAUUUUUCACGUAAUUUUAUUACUAAUUAUAAAAUAAGCGAUGGCCGAAAACGAGGAACUAACCGGGCCCGUGUCGCAGGAGGAUCUUGAUGCUGCAGAGAAAUUUAAAAAUGAAGCUAAUGAAUAUUUUAAAAAACAAAAUUACACUAUUGCUAUUGAAUUGUAUACUAAAGCGAUUGAGAAGAAUCCCAAAAGUGCAGUUUACUAUGCAAAUAGGAGCAUAUGUAACUUAAGGCUAGAGAAUUUUGGGUAUGCAUUGACGGAUGCCUCAAAGGCUAUUUCACUUGAUAAGUCAUACACCAAGGCAUACUACAGGCGGGCUGCUGCGUAUAUGUCACUAGGAAAAUACAAAGAUGCACUUAAGGAUUUCCAUUAUGUAACCAAAGUACGGCCAAAUGAUCAAGAUGCCAAGUUAAAGUACAAUGAAUGUAAUAAAAUAGCUAAAAAAAUUGCGUUUGAGAAAGCAAUCGCCGUUGACAAGAAAGAAGUUAAUAUAGCAGAUGCUAUUAACUUGGACGCUAUGACCAUUGAAGACGAGUACGAAGGUCCGAGUUUAGAAGAUGGAAAAGUAACGCUUAAAUUUGUCACAGAACUAAUGGAAUAUUACAAAAAUCAGAAGAAAUUACACAAGAAAUAUGCAUAUAAGAUAUUAUUAGACGUAAAAGCAUACUUACAAAAGCAGCCAUCGCUCGUUGAUAUCACAGUGGGUGAUGAAGACAAGUUCACAAUAUGUGGGGACAUUCACGGGCAAUACUACGAUCUAAUGAACAUUUUCAAACUUAACGGACUGCCCUCAGAGAGUAAUCCAUACUUGUUCAAUGGAGACUUUGUAGAUCGUGGCUCGUUCAGUGUGGAAUGCAUCUUUACGUUGUUCAGCUUUAAAUUGUUGUAUCCAAACCACUUUUUCAUGUCGAGAGGUAACCACGAAACGGUCGACAUGAACAGGGUAUACGGUUUCCGCGGCGAAGUCACAUACAAGUAUUCAUCACAAAUGGCGGAUCUCUUCACCGAGGUGUACCGUUGGCUGCCGCUAGCGCACUGCAUCAACACCAAAGUGCUGGUGAUGCACGGUGGACUGUUCUCGAAGGAUGACAUUACGCUCGACGAUAUACGCAAGGUCGAGAGGAAUAAGGAGCCACCAGAAGAUGGUAUAAUGUGCGAGUUGCUGUGGUCGGACCCGCAAGCGGCGUACGGUCGCUCGGCCUCGCGCCGCGGCGUCGGCUGCCAGUUCGGGCCCGACGUCACCGCCGCGUUCUGUGAACGGAACGGACUCUCGUACAUCGUGCGCAGUCACGAGGUCAAGAACGACGGCUAUGAGGUGGGGCACUAUGGGAAGUGCAUCACGGUGUUUAGUGCACCUAAUUAUUGUGACGCAAUGGGUAACCUAGGCGCCUUCAUCACAAUGAACGGCAAGGAUCUCGAGCCAAACUUCACAACAUAUGAAGCUGUUCCCCAUCCAGACGUGAAAGCCAUGGCCUACGCGGACUCAAUAAUAGGAGGCAUGUUCUACUAAACAAUAUUCAAA